CGACGAUCCGCAGAUUUCGAUCACACAAUGCUUUCAAACGUGAGACAUUGGUUCUCUGGGUUUUCCAGGCUUCCAUCGUUGAUGAACUCUCGGUAUGACCAGUCUUCUCCUUGGACUCUGGCCAAACAGAUUAUCAUUCUACAGGUUUUCUACUAUGCCACAGCCAUUGUGCUGUGCUACCUGUUGGCCCUGUUGUGGGGGAUUGAUUUCCUGUUUGAAUGGGUGUUCAACUGGAAGCACAUCCAUAUCAAUAACACGUUCGGCGUGUAUCUCAUAGGGAUGUGGCUGUUUGACUCGUUCCUAUGCGUGGUGUUCAUGACCAUCAUCGUUGGCCGUAGUAAGCUGGCCUGGGAUUUUGCCCUGACGUUGAAGUUUAUCGACUUGGUUGUUGUUUGCAUCUACAGCUCCAGCUUCCCUUCGUCCAUUGCCUGGUGGCUGUUGCAGAUUGGGUCUGCUAUUAUCCUCGUUAGCCUUGGAACCUCGACUUCAAGAUGGGCAGAGCUACGUGACACUUUCUUCACCGGGUUAAACGACGCUGAGCUAGGCCAGAGCCAUGAAAUGCGCAACUUGGAGGCCCCAACCACUACCACGACACCUGCUGCUGCUUCAUGAUUCGCAUUUCCUGCAUAGUAUAUAUUGUACUGUAUGUACUUUUCACAAUCAGCUAAUCUACAACGUUAGAGAUUGAAAGCAUUCAUUAGCACCAACAGCCACCAUCACUCCUGUUCUGCCCAACACCG